AUGGGAACCUCGCUUCCAUGCACUGGCUCGCAUGAAGGCGCUGGAACAGUCGUCGCCCUGGGAUCAUCCGUCCAGGACUUCAUCCUUGGCGAAAGUGUCAUGGCCGGCAUCAUCUAUCGUCCCUGGCCAGAGAACUAUCAACAGUACUGCCAGUUUAGCGGCGGAUACUGUGGUGUCACGACCAAUGGAUUUUUUGCAGAUUAUGCACGCAUCGACGCCACCCAGGCUGCAAAGUUACCAGACAAGGUAACUUUCGAGACGGCGGCUCCACUAGCUUGUGCAGGCUGUACUGUGUAUCGUGGCGUUGUACUUUCGGGCGUCAAGAAGGGCGAGUGGCUUGCUAUUGUGGGCAGUGGAGGCGGACUGGGUCAUCUGGGAGUGCAAUUCGCCAAAGCAUUGGGCAUGAAUGUCAUUGGCGUCGAUGCAAGAGACGAAGGCCUCGAACUGACAAGAAAAGGCGGCGCAAAUAUGGCGGUGGAUGCACGAAAAGGCCACGAAAAUGUGGUAAAGGAAGUCCACAAAGUCACCAAUAACGAAGGCGUCACCUGUACUCUCAACGUCAGCGAUGCAGAAAAGGCCAUGGCAACGGCUUGUGCAAUCACGAAGAUGCAUGGAACCGUCAUUCAAAUCGCACAACCAGAAAAUGUCGCCAUUCCCUUCCGCGAACUCAUCUUCCGCGACAUUCGCGUUCGGGGCUCACUUAUUGGGUCGCCGAACGAGGCACGAGACAUGCUGCAGAUUGUGGCUGAACACAACAUCUCCGUGGAAACGAACGCGUUCAGGGGCCUGGGGGAGUUGGAAAAGUUGGUGCAUCUGGCGCACAGUGGGAAGAUGAAGGGCAAGGGGAUCAUUGUGAUGACUGACGAGCACGUGCCAAAGGAGAAGGAGAUCGGCGCAGCGUUGUGA